CCCCCGGGGAUGAAGGAAUUAUCUCUCUUUCUCUCCACCGAACCACUCCCCUCAUUCCCACCACCACUCUCUCUCUCUCUUCUCUCGCCCACUCUUCAACCUUCGCCCCCACUCUCAAGAAGAUCGCAAUCUCAUAAUCCACACCUCCGUAUCACACACACCGCAGCACAUCAUGUCGACCGAAACCUUCUCUUUCCAGGCUGAGAUCUCGCAGUUGAUGAGCUUGAUCAUCAACACCUUCUACUCGAACAAGGAGGUCUUUUUGCGUGAGCUGGUCUCCAAUGCUUCCGAUGCCCUCGACAAGAUCCGUUACGAGGCCUUGACCGAUCCCUCCAAACUCGACUCAGAGAAGGAGCUCUACAUCCGUAUCACCCCCGACAAGGAGAACAAGAUCCUCUCGAUCCGCGAUACCGGUAUCGGUAUGACCAAGGCUGAUCUCGUCAACAAUCUUGGUACCAUCGCCAAGUCCGGUACCAAGGCUUUCAUGGAGGCUCUCAGCAGUGGUGCCGAUAUCUCCAUGAUUGGUCAGUUCGGUGUCGGUUUCUACUCUGCCUACUUGGUUGCUGAGAAGGUCCAAGUCAUCUCAAAGCAUAACGAUGACGAGCAAUACAUCUGGGAGUCUGCCGCCGGUGGUUCCUUCACUAUCACCCGCGAUACCGUCAACCCUCCUCUGGGUCGUGGUACUGAGAUGCGCCUUUUCAUGAAGGAGGACCAGCUCGAGUACCUCGAGGAGAAGAAGAUCAAGGAGAUCAUUAAGAAGCACUCCGAGUUCAUUGGCUACCCCAUCCAGCUCGCUGUCGAGAAGGAGACCGAGAAGGAGGUCGAGGACGACGAGGAGGAGGUCAAGGAGGGCGACGCCAAGAUCGAGGAGAUCGAGGACGAGGACGAGAAGAAGGAAAAGAAGAAGAAGACCAUCAAGGAAAAGAAGAUCGAGAAUGAGGAGCUUAACAAGACCAAGCCCCUCUGGACCCGCAACCCCGAGGACAUCACCAACGAGGAGUAUGCAACCUUCUACAAGUCCUUGACCAACGACUGGGCCGACCAUAUGGCCGUCAAGCACUUUGCCAUUGAGGGUCAGCUCGAAUUCCGCGCCAUCCUCUUUGUCCCCAGCCGCGCUCCCUUCGACAUGUUUGAGACCAAGAAGAAGCGCAACAACAUCAAGUUGUACGUCCGCCGCGUCUUCAUUAUGGACGACUGCGAGGACCUCAUCCCUGAAUGGCUCAAUUUCAUCAAGGGUAUCGUGGAUUCUGAGGAUCUUCCUCUGAACAUCUCACGCGAGAUGCUCCAGCAGAACAAGAUUCUCAAGGUUAUCCGCAAGAACCUGGUCAAGAAGUGCCUCGAGAUGUUUGCCGAGAUUGCUGAAGACAAGGAGCAGUUCACUAAGUUCUAUGAAGCCUUUUCUAAGAACAUCAAGUUGGGUGUCCACGAGGAUGCCCAGAACCGUGCCAAGUUGGCUGACUUGCUCCGCUAUCAUUCUACAAAGGCGAGGGAUGAGAUGACUUCGCUCAAGGACUACAUCACACGCAUGCCCGAGAAGCAGAAGAACAUCUACUACAUCACCGGCGAGUCCCUCACGGCUGUCGAGAACUCGCCCUUCAUCGAGGUCUUGAAGAAGAAGGGCUUCGAGGUCCUCUUUAUGGUCGACCCCAUUGACGAGUACGCUAUCGCUCAGCUCAAGGAGUACGACGGCAAGAAGCUGGUCUCUGUCACUAAGGAGGGACUCGAGCUCGAGGAGGACGAUCAGGAGAAGGCUGCUCGUGAGGCCGAGGAGAAGUCGUACGAGGGUCUCUGCACACAGAUCAAGGAGAUCCUUGGCGACAAGGUCGAGAAGGUUCUGAUCUCGAACCGUAUUUCCGAAUCGCCCUGCGUCCUCGUCACCGGUGCCUUUGGCUGGUCCUCGAACAUGGAGCGUAUCAUGAAAGCACAGGCCUUGCGUGACUCUUCCAUGUCAUCGUACAUGGCCUCAAAGAAGUCACUCGAAUUGAAUCCCAAGAACCCCAUCAUCAAGACGCUCAAGGCUAAGGUCGAUGCGGACAAGAACGACAAGACGGUCAAGGACUUGACGUUGUUGAUGUACGAUGUUGCUUUGAUUGUUUCUGGCUUCAGUAUCGAGAAGACGGAUGUGUUUGCCGACCGCAUCAACCGCAUGAUCAAGCUGGGCUUGGCCAUUGACGAGGAUGAUGAGGAGACCUCGACCUCGGACAUGCCUGCCCUCGAGUCUGAGGAGCCCUCUGAGAUGGAGGAGGUCGAUUAAA